AUGGCUCAGUGUAAAUGGAAUUGGUACCAAAAUGAUUAUGAGGUGUUUAUAACUCUCCUGCGGUUGAGUGUAAAUCCAGAACAAUGUCAGCUUUCGGUUUCCGAACGGAGGUUAACUAUGAGAGAAGGAGAAAAAGAGAUCUUCCAAAUCAAUUUGCAUUCUGAUGUGCAAGAGAAUUUAGAUGUAAAACUAUCCCCAAAUAAGGUAGACAGUAGGAACCGUAAUGAAAACGAUAUUUAGGCCGAGAUAACUUUAAAAAAGAAGAUUCCUGGGAAAUGGGCGGAUAUUUGUGGCGAUAAAAUGGAGCGAACACCGGAACUGAAGAAAUUUUGCACAAAACAAUGGGAUAAGUUAGCCAAAGAGGUAGAUGAAGACCCUGAAUGCUCAGGAGAAGAAGGUGUAAAUAAAUUUUUCAAGGUAGUUCCUACUCUUUCCUUUCGAUAUCUGAUUUUAGCAAAUUUACGAGAACUUGGACGAAGAUGGGAAGAAAGCAAUGAUGAAAUCUAUGCAGGAAAGCGGCGGAACCGUUCUGAGCACAAAUUGGAAAGAAGUCAGCAAAAAUAAAGUCGAUGUAAAACCUCCAGACGGGAUGGAAUUUAAAAAAUAUUAAAUUUGAGAAUUAGACGUUCUAUUUUUGCGAGUAUUUCAUCCGUUUUUACACGGUUUAUAUUUUUCUGUGGUACCACUUGUUUAUAAUACGUUAACCAGGUCAUUAUGGGAGAAACUUCUGAUGUUGGUAAUAGGCUGGCUGAUGUCAAUUUAUGUGAAGAGAGGCACAAUUUACUCUUGGAAAAGAUUUUUACAUUUGAUGUAGAUCAUGUUUUGCCGCAAGGAGGCGAUCUUAAUGUGGCCACGGCUGUAACAGCUUUGUUAGAAUCAUCGAACCAAAUGACUUCUAGACUUUGUGAAAUACUGCCAGAAUGCCUGGAAGUCUGUUGUGAUGAUCACGAAUCUUUUGAAAAGAUUAUAAGGUUAAUCGCGGCUGGAAGGGACGGCAAGUCAUUAUUAGCUCUACUCGAGUACUUGUGGAGGUGUAACGACUCCACCAAAUACCAAGUGGGCAGCAUCCUUCUCGAGUCAGAUCUGAUCAGAGUUGUGUUAGAGAGUGCAGACCUCACCAAAUUGGGUCUCGUCUCAAAGUUGAUUGUAGGAUUAUUCGAAGGCCAAGAUCGCCUCAAUAUCCAGAAACUUUACACACUGCUGUCGCAUCGAAUUUUACAUCUACUUGACCGUUUUGAGCAAGAUCCUGACUCCAUUUUGAAUUUGCGGGAGCUCCAUUUAAUCACUUCGUCGCUUUAUCAAUUGUGCAUGUCUACCAACUUAUUCCUAGUGAGUAAUUACGGAUCAAUUUAUAUUCAUCCUUUUAGAUUAUGACCUUGAGCCCGUCUUUGUUAAACCUUUUACUUUGUGAGAUCCGAAUUGAUGAUGAAAACUUGGUCCUCAGAGCUGGUUCCUUUCAUUUUCAAUGCCUUUGCCUUGCGUUAAACUUUUGCAAAACGUAAGGAAAGACGGAGAAAUAAAUAACUCUAUUUAGACACGGCUUCUUUAUAGCGACAAGCUCAUACCUUGCACAGAAAUCUAAGAUUGAGUCUCCUUCUUCUGGAUAUCUUCAAUUACAACUACAAAAGCUUGGGAAAGUACUUUCAAUGCACAAAAUAUUGCCCAUGGCCGUUUUGGAUGUUUGUUUGGAAUGGUGUUUUCUGAUUUCAAAUCAGGUGGGAAACGAGUUGCUGGACACUAAAGAGAUGUUCGAGCUCAGGAAAAGUAUACUGGACAUCUUUUUGGAUGGUACGUUAAUAAAUAAAAUACGUUUUUUCUAAGGCUCGAGAGUCCUGCCCAGGACUGGCCACACGAAAAAUGAAAGUGGGCCAAAACGCUGCAAGCUUGCUGAUCUGUGCUUCCUGAUUGGGCCCGUUUUUGUCGCCAGACCGGUUUUGUCCCCAAUAUUUUGUUUGAAAAUUGUUUGCGCAGCUCGACAAGGACUCGAAAUGAUGGCCAAAUUUUUUAAAUGGCUAGCCAAAAACUUGGAUAGGCUAUUCCAACCUUUUGGCUAUCUCUUUUCGAGGCUUCACGGCUACUCUGAUACUGUAUGGCCGAUCCAGGUUUUAUCUAGCCAUUUAAAAAAAUCCGCCGUCAUUCCUACACUUUGAUACAUACUCCAACCUACAAAACUAUCCUGGAGACAAAAACGGGGUGGGAAAAUAUGUAUUUAAAAAUGAAUUUAUUAUUGCGAAAUUACAGUAAUCCGCAGUUAUCUCGAAAAAAUUUAAAAUUGACAUGGAAUUUUCUAAUUAUUUGUCUGCAAUGCCUUGCGAUUCUAAUGAUCCCAAGAUAUUGAAAAUUGAGAGGAAACUGUUGGAGAACAGAGGCCUCAAAGUCUGCCAGUCAGGGUCAUAUGAAAUAUAAAAAAAAUAUCACAGAAAAUUACUCAAACGUGACCUGAGAAAAUUUUGAUCAAUGGAUUUUAAGAAUAUCUACCUGCUUAGCAUUCCCGACUAAAAACUUUUCAGGAUGUGCGGAUCUAAAAAUUUUGUAGCAUUUGAGGCAGAAUUUCCAUAUGGCCACGGCUCUCGGCUCUUAGAAAAAACGUGUUUUAAGGACUUGAUCCCUUACAAAGCAGAAUCAAUCGACUGGUGGAUGAUCUGCAAGUCUUUGCUAUGAUCUCGGGGUUUUCUCCAAUAGAAAUGGAUAGAGUUAUGUCCAAGCUGAUAAAUAAAAUGACGGAGAUACCAACGUUGUAUAAACAGAUUCCCUUGGAUGUGAUACUACUGUGAGUGUUUUAUUUUAUAUAAUUAAAAAGGUUUAGUAAUUCUUUGCGAGCUCGAAGCAUUUGUUUUGAUUUUGGUGAUUAUGCCGCUGACGAUGUAGACGAGUUAAGAAAGCUGUUUACUCUUCACUCUGGCAAGAAGUUGUGAGUCUAAAAGAGAAAGGAAAAGUAAUUUUUGUAGGUAUUUAAAUAGGCUAAUACAGAAGAUGGUGUCAGAUCUGUUAAAUCAAUCAAGUCUGAAUGGCGAUUACAAACACGGCUGUUUGAAUGAGAUAAUAAAGCUUGUGAAUAGUAGGAUUGUCUGCUGAAUGUACAUAUUUUUAGUAAAUAUAUUAUCCAUUCUCUCAUCACGGAACACAAUGGAUCUUGGCAGUUAUUUUUGUGUCUGCCAUGCAUUGAUGGAAUUAAUUGAACAAGUGGAAAAACGGUUCAGUGGCGUAGAGGGGAAGGUAACGACUUUACUCCCCGGGGCCAUGUCGUCUUUUUUGCAGGGAUUCUUUAAAGUGUUCGAUUUUUCUUAUGAAAUUGUAACCCGCCUCUUGGAUUGCGCAAUUGAUGUUGGACGUCCUGAGUUUAUAAUCACGACCGUGUUGGAUUACUGUAGACAAGAGGUUGCGGGAGAUGGGCUUUUAGAAGAAAUGCUGGCCUAUCUGACUUGGGGGUACGUCUUGCUUGGAGAUACCGAGGCCAUUUCUGAUGUGCAGAAUGUGUUUUUCUCAAAAUUGAACACAAAACCGAAUUAUUUAGAGGCAUUUAAGGAGUUUUCUUGUGGACGGUAGGUGUUUUAGUGUUUGUAGCAUCUCUUCAGAGUCGAGAUCUGUUUGAAUAUGGUUGACAUUAUUGAUAUAAAUGACUUGGGCUCCAAUCCAGUGCUUUAUAAAAUGAUUAAUUGGGUUGUAAGUCGUUUGAUUGCAUAAUUUAGAGGGUAUUUAAGCGUCGGGAAUGUCUCCGAUUUAUUCCGAUUCCGCAAAUACGGAGACAACUGGCUCCAAAUGCAUUCCAUGCCUUGGCCGAAUGUAACGAAAACCUCGAUUCGAAUGUCCUGAUGGGUUUGGUCGAUUGGAAUCUUCCAAUCGAGAAUUCUUACGAUCGCGGCAUCCAGAAGACCAUCGAUAUUCAUCAUUCAGAUGUUAGGCAACUUCUUCAGUCAUGGCUGACCAGUGAUCAAUUCUAUUCGAACCCAAUGUAAGUUGUUACUGUAAAAUGUAAUCGUCGACUAAGGAAAAGUAUUUAUGAAAUGGAACAAAGGCUGUCUGGGCUGGUUGGGCUGGUCCUUGGAGGUGAUUCGAAGCCAUCUUGGAAAGCAAAUUUGAAUGCUUUGCAAACGUUGUUUAAGGUCAUGGAAUAUGAUGUUCCUUGGGUAACGUGAAACAUUGUGUUUAUUAAGAUGCUUGUUUGUAGCAGUCGUUGUUUGAUAAUGCAAUAGAUCACGUGGACCUGCCUCUUACUGACUCCCUGAAAGCUUUUGAUUACGGGCAGACCUUGAGUGCUUACUUUGAGAGGUCUGGAGUCGCUAAUCUUCGCCCAUCUCCAAAGUUUUACACUUGGCUUUCUUCCCUCGCUCAAAAAACUGGAAAUCAGAUGUUAUUGUAUCAUUACAGUGACAAAAGUUUCAAAAUUAAUCCGCAAAGGUUGUACGCGGAAACACAGAUGACUUAUCUGACUGAGCGUUUGGAUAUUGUAAGAGAACUCGGUUUACAGUAUGCUUUUUAGGCCAAGUUCAGCACGGCUGUUCCGCAGAACAUCAUAUCAGAUGGGGCCAAACUUUAUUCUCUUUUCUGCCAGACUCUGGGAGGUGGUACUUUUGAUGUCAAGUUGAUGGCUCACAUCUCUAAUCAGUUGGGGUUACUGGCUAAUCGAAUACCGGGGCUGUCGGUUGUGUUAAAGACUCAGAUAACUCCAGGAACCGUAAGUUGUAUUAAUGGGGGUUUACAAUUAUUGAAAGCUCCAAGAUUCUCUGACCAAUGUGAAUUCGAUGAGUACAAGUCAGGAUACCGUUUUGCGCGGGGCUCUCCUUAAUUUGGCUACCUCUUUUGACGACGAAUGUACAACAUAUCACAAAGACUUUUAUGAUUGGAUCUCGCAACAGUAUUAUACUUCAGAAGGAUCUUUCCGACUGAAAGACGCAGAGCUCGACGAAGUGAGAACCAUAUUAGCAGUUGAUGGCAUCACAGUCAAUGGGGAUACAGUAAAAUUGAUCGAGAGUUCUGAUUCCUAUCAACAUUUUGUUGAACUGGAAUGUAAACAGCAGAAAUCGGAUCUAAUUGAGUACGUCUGAAUGGCUUAGUAAUGUUGCUUUGCAGAUUUACUGAAGAUGGAAGACUACGGUCGCUGUACUCAAACAUAAAGAAAAGGGAGAGGGCUCUUUUUCAGUCAUCUGUCAAAACCUUAAUCAAAAUUUUGACUCAAAGGAAUACUGUGAGUCACGCUUGAGGUCUUUGAAUCUUGUUUAGAUUAAUCUAGAUGGGGUCUGUUGGUGUUUGGAGAUUCUAAAAUUGUUACUGAUCCAUCCUGAGUGGUUUGAUGCGCACGUAACAGAUCUUUUGUCGACUCAUGAGAACCGAUCUUGGUUGGGUGAGUUGUUUCUUCCUUCUAAUCCCGUUUUUAGAAACUAUUCCUCAACUUCUGGGAGUUUUGAAGCAUAAGAAUGAAGUAUGCUCGUCCUUAGCGAAAAAACUUGUGCUUCCACUAAUAGAUGAGAACCCGGAUCACUUUGUUUAUCCUCUUUUGAGUGUUCACAAUCAUCAAGUUCAUGGUGAAUAUCACCCUUCCCCAGAUCCAAAUAUAGAUGACGAUGGCAUUAGUCUUGGCAUUGGAGUGUUUGAUCUGAAAGAGGUAUUUUUUGUAGACUUCUCAGAUCAAGUUUAGGACUCGUUGUCUGGGACUUUCAAUGAUGUUGUUAAUUACUUCAAAGCUGCUCAUCCAGAGUUGUCUCUUCAAACCGUCCAUUUCUUACGCAAUUUUGAUGAGUUCUCACUUACUCUCCCCGAGCGCUGGCACCAUUUCUUAUCCCAUCUGAAUACUGAAGUCAUUACGUUUAGGAAAUCCCUGAAAUCUUAUUAUUGUCAGUUGGAGAGGAUUGUAGAAAAGACAAAAGCUAUGAAAUUGUUAGCGGAUAUUGAAGACAUCUUCAGGAAUACCGUAAGAUUACGUAAGGUUCGUUUUUAUGAUGCACUUAUAGGUUAUAAAAUUGAUAAAUGGCUUGGUGGAAACGACGGAUGAAAUCGAAGAGGAGAACGAUGACGUCAUCAGAUUCCGAACUGUAUUCGGAGACAGACUUAACAGGGCCGUCGAGGAAUGCUCUUUAAUCCCAUCCCUGGACAAGUUCUUUAAUCCUUUCUCGAAAUUAAUUCACUUACUUUCUAUUGAUAUUCAACGCCAGGAUAACCACAAUCUCAAGUUGUCAUCCCUUUCGGUCGGACUCUCAUCGCUGAACGCGUCCAUGUUGCCAUUGCCGGGGUUGGGUAAAACGAUAUACAAAGAAAUUCGAAGAAUCCAUUCGCUCGGCGAUACGGUCCAUGUAUUGCCCACAAAAACGAGGCCAAAGAAACUCUCCAUUGUUGAUAAUGCAGGGGAGAGGUAAGGACAUUCUGAAGUAACGAGACUUUUAGACAUGUAUAUCUUUGCAAGGGGCAGGAAGAUCUCCGGUUGGACGAAAGGAUCUCUGGUCUGCUGUCGUUGUGCAACGCUGUCUUCCGAAAAGGAGAAGUCCAAUUCAAAUGUCGGAAUUACUCUGUAAUCCCGUUGAGUGACCGAACCGGGCUCAUUCAAUGGGUUUCUGGGGCUUCGUCGAUAUAUCAGGUGUAUAAAAAUUGGCACCUGACGCAGCUGGAAGCAUGUCUGGCUGCGCAGAAUAAAGAGAUUCAUCACCUGAGUGCAUCUUCAGAUGAUGACGGUACUCAUCAGUCAUCGAGUGAAGACGAACACCAUUCUGAAUAUGUUACAGUGGAAGACAAUGAAUUUAAGGAGCAACGAGAUUUUCGACCAGUCAAGAAAUUCUAUGCAGUGCUCAAAGAAAUCUUGCCGGAUAAUGAGGUAUUAUGUCUUGACAAACACAAAAACUGAUUUUUUUUAGAAGUGUUUCGCUUACAAGGACCGUACUUUUUUUACUCCUGAAGUUUUGGUGGAAGCAUUCGAAAGAUUGAAAGAGAUGUCACCAAAGACGAUAAUAUCGGAGUAAGAGUGACAAAGGAAAUAAGUAGUGUUCCUAUUUCAGUUACAUACUCAAAUCAAGUAUCAAUUCGAUAGACUGGGUGACCAAAGUGGGUAACUAUACCAGGUCCAUUGCUAGCGCCAAUAUGGUUGGGAACGUGGUAGACCUUGGGGACAGACAUCUAGACAACAUUCUGAUCGACCAAACAACUGGAGAUUUGAUUCAUGUGGACUUUAAUGUCUGUUUCCACAAACGAAAAACCCUUCGAGUACCUGAGAAAGUUCCUUUCAGGUUAACACAGAACUUCGUAGAUGUUCUCGGAGUGGGCGGUGUUAAUGUAAGUUAAAAAAAUAAUUAUUUUAUUUUCGAUUUAGGGGAAGUACAAGGUAUUAAGUGCACAGGUCUUGGAGUCUCUGAAGAAGAACAAAACAAUGAUCAUCAACUGGCUGAGCGUCUUCCAAACUGAUCCACUGACUGAAUGGCUGGUCCCAAACGAUCCUAUUUCUAAUGCAAGGUUCGGGCUCUUCAAGUUCUACUUCUGUAAUAACAACAAAGUUGUUAUUGGUAUGAUCCUGCAUCUGUUUAGUCUAUUGUUGACAGCGCUUAAAGGCCCUUUGGAUGUUUCAAGGUAAGUCUGUGCUUUUAAAUACAGGUAUACUUAAAAUUCCACACAACUAAUUCUGAAAGUUUAGGAAAAAAAUUGAAAAUUUGUUGGAGGGCAUGCUUAAAGAGGGCGUUAAACAAGAUACGGUCAGCAGUUUCCAUGAAUUAGUGAAGAGCCACCAAGAAAGUAUCCAGUUGUUGAAGCCUUUCUUGAAGAUUCUAUCAACUUGUUUCCUCGAUUUCAAGGGUUUUGUCACCAAUUACAAAUUAUGUUUCUCUUCUCCCAUGGCUAAGAUCCUACGGGGGCUGAUGCAUGAUCCUGGAAACAUCCCACGCGAACUUCUAAAAGUUGUUCUUCAGGGUAGUCCGAGGUAAUUCUUGUUCUUUUUUAAUUAUGGAGGUUUCCAGGAUCUAUGCAAAUCUAAUUGGACUAAGUAACAUCACAAUGGAUUCAUACCAGGAACAAGAACGGGUAAUAUGCCCUUCCCUUCGUAUUCCUGAAAAUAUUAUGAGAAGGUUGUCAGAAAAAUUGAAUGGGUAUGAAGCUGGCCAGCCUUCUAUGAUGACAACUCUGCAACAAGUGGAAUAUCUUGCAACAGAAGCUACUAGUCGGGCCAAUCUCAGCCAAAUGUUUGAAGGGUGGAUGGCAUGGAUUUAA